GGUCAUUUACUUCUAUGUCAUUUUUCAAUACAUUUAUAUUGUCAAUUGAUGUUUAUUAAAUAAUUUAAUUUCAACGUUGUGAACGAAUUUUGUUAACAGAGGUUUAAGGUGUAUUUAAUAUUAAUACAAAAUACCUAAUGAACUUAAUCAACGGUUAUAGAUAAAAAAAAAAAAAAAACCAAAAUUAUUUAUAAAAGAAAAAAAAAAGAAAAAAACUUGUGGAAAUGUUGCAAAAAAUCAACAGUUUAUUACGUAUCAGUGGUUAUGGUCAACAACUACUAAGUACACGUUACUUAAAUUUUGUGCCAAUAGUAGUGGAACAAAGUGGAAGAGGAGAACGUGCAUAUGACAUUUAUUCUCGUCUUUUAAAAGAACGAAUAAUCUGUCUUAUGGGUCCGAUUACAGAUAAUGUUUCAUCAGUGGUUAUAGCUCAAUUACUUUUUCUUCAGUCAGAGAGUAGUAAAAAUCCAAUUCAUAUGUAUAUUAACUCGCCUGGUGGUAGUGUAACAGCAGGGUUGGGUAUCUACGAUACCAUGCAAUAUGUUUUACCACCUGUUGCAACGUGGUGCGUUGGUCAGGCAUGCUCAAUGGCGAGCUUACUUUUAGCUGCUGGAGAAAAGGGCAUGAGACAUUCAUUACCUAAUGCUAGAAUUAUGAUUCAUCAACCAUCAGGAGGAGUAUCUGGUCAAGCUACAGAUAUAGAAAUUCAAGCUGUAGAGAUAUUAAAACUUAAAAAACAAAUAAAUAACUUGUAUGUCAAGCAUACAGGACAGAAAUUAGAAAAAAUACAGAGCUGUAUGGAAAGGGAUAAUUUCAUGAGUCCUCCUCAAGCUGAGGAAUUUGGAAUAAUAGAUAAAAUACUUGCUCAUCCUUUGGAAGAAGAAGAACAAAAUUCACCCGCGCCAACGUUGUCUAAGGAUACUGUAAAUGCCGCAACACCAACUUAAUAUUCCUUUAUAGUUAAAUUCAAGGUAUAAGUGAACAAAUUGUAACUUUAUAUUUUAAAAAAUGUAUUUGUCAAUAUUUAAUAAUAAUAAUUUUAAUAAUAAUAAUAUUAAUAAUAAUAAUAAUAAUAAAAUAUUAUUGAAACAAUUAUAUAUCUACUAUGUCGUAAUCACUUAUCUUCAGGCACAAUGAAAAUGUCUUCGUUUUAUAUAAGUUUCAUAUAUUCAUGGACGUACUCGAUCUCACAUACUACAUCAUAUAAAAAUAUUUAAAAAGAUAUUUCAAUCUCUUUGAAUAUCAAUAUAUAUAUGUAUAUAUAUACGUGUAUGUUUCUUUUUUUUUUUUUUGCAUUAGCAUACACGUACCAUAAAAGAUAAGCGCAAUAUGUGUU